UCCAUUGCAAUGGUAUUUUCCCUCUGAGGUGGUUGCUAGUGUAGUGCCGCUCAAACGAAUCAACAGGGGAGAAAAUAAUGACGGCAUAAAACUGCAUAUAUUUACAUGUUAGAUCGAGCACAAAACAAACAACCUACAUCGUUACCAUAAUAACUGAAGAAAACCCCUCCACUGAGACCAUUUCGUCUGCAUUUUAACGUUUGUAAGGAAGGGCAUUUCAUCUGCUGUAUUUGUUUACCACCUAACCACUGAGCAUGUCAGUGGCCCUUCUCGUACGAUAUGCCACGCUCGGUGGGUCUCGAGUCUGCUGUAGAGCUGCCCUCGGUCUGACCGCAAGCCAUCAGGAAAACCAGAUACGGGCACUACACAGUCCAUCGUCCAUCCGAUCCAGCAACUCCCGCUUUGAUCCAGACAGCAGUGGCCGUCCGACUACCUGGGAUUCGUUUGGAAUCUGGGACAAUCGCAUCGACGAGCCCAUUUUACUUCCGUCAAGCAUCCGGUACGGAAAACCCAUCCCCAAAGUCAGCCUGUCCAGGGUGGGCUGCGCCUCGCUGAUCGGCCAGCGGAAAGAGAACGAAGACCGAUACCAGCUGUCUCAUAUGACGAACAACAUCAUGUACUUCGCAGUGUUCGACGGGCACGGGGGGGCCGAGGCUGCCGAAUUUUGCCACAGGCACAUGGAACAGUAUAUUAAAAAUAUUGCAGAAAAGGAACAUAACUUGGAGUUAGUUUUAACCAAAGCUUUUCUUGAGGUGGACACGGCAUUAGCAAAACACCUUCAAUUCAGCGCAGAUGCCUCUCUGUUAAGUGCAGGCACCACGGCCACCGUGGCCCUGCUGAGAGACGGGAUCGAGCUGGUGGUGGGGAGCGUGGGUGACAGCCGUGCCAUGCUGUGCCGAAAAGGCAAGGCCCUUAAGCUCACUGUGGACCACACAGCUGAAAGAAAGGACGAAAAGGAGAGGAUACGUAAAAGUGGGGGUUAUGUAUCGUGGAACAGUCUGGGUCAACCUCACGUCAACGGAAGGCUUGGCAUGACGCGCAGUAUUGGUGAUUUCGACCUUAAAAGUACAGGAGUCAUCGCUGAACCAGAAACCAAGAGGGUUACAUUACAUCACGUGCACGACUCAUUCCUGGCCCUCACUACUGAUGGCAUCAACUUUAUCAUGAACAAUCAGGAGAUCUGUGAUGUCAUUAACCAGUGUCACGAUCCUAAAGAGGCAGCGCAGCGUAUAUCCGAGCAGGCUCUUCAGUAUGGAUCCGAAGACAACAGCACUAUCAUGGUGGUGCCGUUCGGUGCCUGGGGCAAACACAAGAGCUCAGACGUCACUUUCUCCUUCAGCCGCAGUUUCGUCUCUAGUGGUCGCUUUGCCUAAACGAAAAUAAUGAGCGAAAGGUUGAAAUCGAAAGGGAACCGUCCAAUGUGCAAUAUUCUACUAAUCCAUAUGUUGAGGAUUGUUUAACCCUGAACAAUAACCUGAAGACCAUGACACAUGACAUUUAUAUUAUCUUGGACAAGAAUGUUUUGCUUAGAAAAACAGAACAAACAUUAUAACAAUGUUUAAAACACAGGUAGGAAAAUGUUGCCGAUGAAGAUCUCCCGAUCUUUACGGAUUUGCACAUACUCGGUUAUUUGCUCCAGAACUGCUUUACUAAUAAUAAAUGUUAUGUGGUUACCUCAGUUCUGGUCCGAUUAACAGACACAAUACGGUAGAUAACGCUGAUGCAAAUGUAAUGUUGGUACUAUACGUUAAGUACUGUAAAUAGUUUGCCUUAUUCCUCAUACUGGAAUCAUCAGCUGUUGUCUGUAAUAGUAUCUACAUUGUAGUUUAGUUUUCAUAACUAAGAAAUUUUAAGCACUUGGAUAUUUUACAAGGUUUGAUUAUUUUCGUAAUCGUCAUCACUGCCAUUAAUCAACAUAAGCACAUAUUAACAGCGGUCCAUGGAUCUCUGUACUUGUCUGUUGACUAUGCAUAUUCAUUAUCCCAUACAGAAGUGUGUACUGCACGUUUCUAGUGUUUAUUAAAAUACAGUCAUGCUUUAUUUGAGCUUAAAAACAAACAGAUUAAUGCCAGAUCUGUAGGUUAAAUUUGCCACCCAAAUUGAGGACCAUUUUGCAAACUUAUCCAUUUUUCGGUGCCUUUCCCAUUUAUGUGAUUUGCGUGUACGUCUGCUAAGAAACCGCAACUCAAAAAUUUGAAACUGUGACUUUUAGCAUUUAGCGUUACUAGAUCAACCUCACCGUUUUUUGUUCGGAUUGCACAGUUUCCCCCACAAUGCAUAGAGAAAAAUACAGAUGUUUGGUUUGUUAUUUAUAUAAUGUGAAAGAUGACCUUAUGUAUACAAAUGUAUAGAUGGUGUAUUUAAAUAUUUCUCGUACAGUCUCGAAGCUGAAGAAGUAUUUGAUUUUAAUUUCGCUAAUGUGAUGGUUGUAAUUGCGGACAUUCCGCUUUAAAGCGUAUAUCUUUUAAAUAGACAAUGCUUCUGUGAUAAUCUCUCAUAUCCAGUGAUUAUUUAUAUUUUGGAGCCGUACACACGAUGUGACCUCAGCAUUUGGGUUUAGAUCUGCAUUGACAUGUUAGUCUUUACACUUUACAUUAUUAUGUUUCAUUCUCAGCAUUUCAUCUCAUUUUAAACUUUUAACCUGGUUUCAUUCUGCAAUGUAUGGCCUCUUUAAGGUCCAGUAUCAAAUCCAUUGAAGUGGAUUUUCUUUCUGUAUAUUACUCUACAGUCUACGUGUACUAUUUCUUUCUUUUUUCUGUUGGUUUGUAUUAUAUACAGUGUUAACAGUGCAUGGAUCUUCUUUAAUGUGUGAAAGGUAUUUUCUGUUGUACACAUGGACCUAACCUUGCUUCACUCAUAUGCAGUUUAUUUCCUAAGAUUGUAAAAAACACAUGUGAAUAAAGUUUGUUCGGAAACAAA